UUAUGCUGCACCAAGGGGGAGCGUGGGUUGGGGUGGAUCUACAGAUGUCCGGCUGCCUUUCUCAAAUGGUCCCGGUCCCUGAGGAUGUCGUGGAACAUGGCUCGCUUGUGAUGAAGACAACAGUUUAGUAGGUGUGGCAGCUGAUGAUAAUGAUGAUGCUUGAACACGGCUGGACUUGCUGAGGGAGGCAGAAGGGUGGCAGGAGACAGAAGCUGGAGUCACAAGGGUUUCUGGUACCAGGCCUCCAUGAUAAGAAACCAUGAUCACCCUGAUUACUGAACAGCUACAGAAACAGAGCCUGGAGGAAUUGAAAUGCACAUCCUUCAGCAUCAGCCUGCCUUUGCCUGAUCAUGCUGAUGUGGCCACCUGUGGCAGCCCCUUCCAGAUAGCACCUGAGGGAGCUUCAUGGAGGGACUUGACUCCCUGUCCAAAGAUCCAUCUUCAGGACAGCACAGGCCUCGACCAACACUCCAGCUUGAGCCUUCCCCUGCCCCCCUGCAGCCCAGACAACAGUCCUCAGAACAGCCUCAUAUCCCAAACACUGGCCACCAACUCAUCAGUCUCAGAAAAGGCUUCUGUGCCCCCCACCAAAAGACACUGCCGUUCACUUUCAGUGCCCGAAGAUCUCUCACGUUGGCAGACUAUCUGGAGGCCCCUGGGCUCCAAAGUGUGGACACACAUCAAACGUCGGGACAACAGUGGAGGGGACACUUUGGCAGUUCGACCCCAGAACCUGGCCCAGGGAGCCAACAGAUCUUGUUUCAAUCCUGCCCCCAGUGCCUCUCAUCAGUGUGUUCAAGAUGGUGCUGGUGGUGGCAGAAGCCCACCUUUCUUCAGUCUGGCUCUGUCCCGAGAAUCCCCAGCUAGUGUACAGUGGGAGACUGGAGAGACUUUGCAGCCCUACCCUUUGCAACGACGUUUCUCCCUGUCACCUGUCAGAUUUCUGCCGUCUCCACGAAGCUCUACCACCUCCACACCAGAGCUGCUUCGACACCAGCACAGCCUCCCUCGCAGCCGCUCACAACCAUGUGACCUGGACACCAGGAAAUGUGGUCUCAAGCGGCGCCAUGAUGAGGAAGUGAGGUGGCACAGACCCUCACUUGAUUUCUACAAGAUGAAUCAGAAACCAUUCGCAGGAGCUGUCUGUCAGUUAGACAAAUCUGAAGAAGGUGGCUAUCCAUCAUGGCUCUUGGCCUGCAGCCCGCAAGCACCCUCAGCUCCAUGCAGUCCUGUCAGCAAUUGCAUCCAGGUGCUUAGUGAAAGUGAAGAGGAGGAAGAAGCAGAAGCAGCAGCAGAAGCAGCAAGGAGACUAAACUGGAACUUAGCCAGCAAAAGGACUCUCUUCCAACCAGACUUUAGUGAUCUGGAUCUAACUUUGAUUGAGGAGAACUAGGGAUUGGAUGUUCCUUUGAAAACUGACUCUGGGAUCAGCAGCAGGGGAAGGCUGCGUUCCUAGUUGAGGGCAGUGGGGUGGGUGCCAAGGGGAAAGUGGCAGUGGGACUGACGGGGUUUUGUCUGCUUGUUUCUUUUGUAUUAAA